CUUGUUUAUGAUGGGAAAACAAACGCUGAUGCCAGCUGCUGUUGGUUGUUUCAGUACCGUUUUGCUCCUGCAGCUGGUUUCCUGCAGCCUCCCACUGCUCGGACCCUCCGAUGCGCUCUACGACCUGAGCGCUUUGACCUACCCUUACAGCAGCAUCCUUUCCCCGCUGCUCAAAGCUCUGUCUGAGCACGGAGGGUCCAGGUUGAGCUCAGGCCAGAGGAAAAAGGCCAAACCCGAGCAGAGGUACGUGAAAUAUCUGACGGAAGUUUACAAGAAGUCCACAAGGAUGCAGAGGAGCGUCGAUGGAGGAAAUGUCUACAACACCAUCAGGCUGAUCAAACCCCAAGAUGAAUGUCAUGCAAAAAGCAACAAAGAAAGUUUUACGCAGGAUUUGUUCUACAGCCUUGAUCAAGUAAGAAGAAAUGAGCAGCUCCUGAAGUCAUCCCUGCUGUACAGUUUCAACCUCAACGGCCCGUCAGCUGUUAGCCCGGAGUGUCAGUGUCACCUGAGCAUAAAAGAGCAUGAGCGGUCCAAUGAGUGCCAGCUGUGUGCCGGGGUCUGUCGUACGUUGAACUUCACAGCCAGCACAAGCAGCAGGCGGCGCAGAAACUGGGUGGAAGUGGACAUUACCCAGUUUCUCCAACCAAUGCAGAAGAGAAAUGUCCACCUUCUUGUUAACAUCUCGUGCCCUGAGAAGCAAAAGACUGAGAGCGAUGGUUCCAAAGGUCCUUUCGGGUUCAUCAUGAGGUCUCCACCUCUUAUUCUGUAUCUCAACGACACAAGCAAAGUGGCAAACCAGAGGUCGGCGACGAGUUCCAGUGAAGAUCUAUGGCCGCACUCUGCAACAAACACGUUUCAGAAGCACGUUCUGAAAUCUGCACGAAGGCACGGACACAAGAGAUGGAGGAGGGAAUCUUCAAUUAGCAAGCGUGGAGACAAAAGCGUGGAUAUACAGCUGCCAGAGCUGAAAUCCAGCUCUGAAUUCCCCACCACGGACUGUGCCUUGUACGACUUCAGGGUGCGGUUCAGCCAGCUCAAGCUGGAUCACUGGAUUGUUUUUCCACCGAAGUACAACCCCAGGUACUGCAGGGGGAUCUGCCCAAGAACGAUGGGCUUCAUCUACGGGUCCCCCGUCCACACCAUGGUGCAAAACAUCAUCUAUGAGAAGCUGGACUCAUCUGUGCCCAGACCAUCCUGUGUUCCCUCUCACUACAGCCCCCUCAGCGUCAUGAUCUUUGAGGAGGACGGCUCCUACGCCUACAAGGAGUUUAAGGACAUGGUUGCAACCAGGUGUACAUGUCGCUGAUCAGUUAUGGCAAAGGCUAGGUCUUCUGGACCAUCUCCAUUUAUUAGCAACUCUGACCACACUAAAUUCAUAGACCUGUUAAAAAAAAAUGUAGCAAUAAAAAAAUAAAAAGUUCACGAGCAACUGUGUUUACUUAACCGAGAAGUAUUUUAUCAUGUGAAAGGGGAUUGUGGCUUUUUUUUCUUUUUGUUUAGAAAGAGGGUAAAAAUUUUUCCUAUUCAGCUUACUGUUAAUAUAGUUGACUUGAUGCACUACAAAAAGUAUGAUUGCUUUUUAGUUUGACUUUUGCUCAUUUGUGUGUGUUGUCUGUCUUUAUUUAAUUUAACACAAAUUUCUUUUUUUUUUUCUUUUUUUAUAGCCCUCAUCUCCAAAAGAAAAUGGAAAACGCACUUCUAAACUCUUAUCAAACCUUUUACAUAAACUUUUAUUCCCGGGGAUUAAUGCAAGUCUUUACCUUUAUAAUCUACAGAAUGAACGUUGUCAGUGUUUCGGUGUAUAUUUAUGGUCAAAGUGCCUGUUUAAUCUGACUAUAUGCUUGUAUUUAUACCGGUUGAAUGUGAUUAAAUGCAUAUCAUAGCUAUUUAUGCAAACUGGAUGAAUUGAUUGCUCUGUUUACGAACCUACAAAAUGAAAUAAAUGUGUGGCCGACUCUGAAAAGUGGGGAAAAAAUUAAAUGGA